UUGAACUUCUUCUCAAUUCUUGUUUUGUAUUAGAUUUGUAAAUAAAACAUUCUUUGUUAUAAUUUAGAAUUUUGUAUUCUUAAAUUUAUAAUUAAACAUGUAAAUAAAAAAUUUGACAUAAAUCAUAAGGGCUAGAGUUAGAUUUUGGCACGAGUCCAGGCCCAAAAAGAACAGUGAGUGCAAAGAGUUCUGGACCGCGGUGAGACCUUCUUCCUUUUUUUUCCCGCCCCAUCUGAAAGACUGAUAGAUUGAGACCCUGUAAGAAUAUUCUUUUCUUUUUGUGUAUUUUUCUUUGCAAUAUACAUAAAAGAGAAUCAAAUUGCAACAAUUGGACGAUACAGAGUAGAAUAAAUAACAUCCUCAAGAACAUUUCUUUUCACUCAUAGUUCCAUAUCUGAAUUCUGGUACAACUUCUAAGCAUUGAUUUCUUGACGGAGAAACAUAACCAAGAGGAGAAGCUUGCUUUCUUUCUUUUUUCUUCCUGGUGAUGGAGAAGACUGAUGGGUCCAUUAAGAACCAAAUAGCAGCACUUAUGCGAGUUAUAAAUGUCACGAGAUGCUUUAAGGAGGACAAUAUCCCAUGCAAAAUUGAAGAGGGCCUCUUCUUGGGUUCAUUUGGUGCUGCUCAUAACAAGGAUAUAUUGAAAAGCAAGAACAUUACACACAUUCUAACGGUAGCUAAUUCUUUGGCUCCUGCUCAUCGAAAUGAUUUUGUAUAUAAGAUCAUUGGAGUUGCUGAUAGAGAAGACACAAAUUUGAGACAGUACUUCGAUGAAUGUUUCAAUUUUAUCGAUGAAGCUAAAAGACAGGGUGGUGGUGUUUUGGUCCAUUGCUUUGUUGGAAAAUCCAGAAGUGUGACAAUUGUGGUUGCCUAUCUGAUGAAAAAGCAUGGCUUGAGCCUAACCCAAGCUCUCCAACACGUGAAGAGUACUCGACCUCAGGCUGCUCCUAAUUCAGGUUUCAUCUCACAAUUGCGAGACUAUGAGAAAACCCAGCAAGGUGCAUCACAGUAAUCCUUCUAUUUACAUGCAUCCAUUUGCAAAUUAAACUUGAAUCGGUCACCAUAAAUAGCACAGACUGCUGUAUGGUUAGCUUCAUUGUAAUAAACAAAUUUCAUUCCAUUUCUUUGGUUAUACCAUUCUGCAUCAACCAGGAUAAGCUAAAUAACUACUUCAUGAUGAUAAGUUUCUAAACAUAUUAGUGCUUAUCCAGACUUCCCAAUUCUGAUUGAAAAGGUAUGGUUGCCUUAUAUUCUAAUUCCAAAAAUUUGCAUUCGAACCAAACCAAGCUAUUACUGUGAUUUGUCAAUUGAGUUGUCAUCAUUAACCAAUUCUGGAUUUCUUGUUUUUUUUUUGCAAGGCAUCCUAUCAUAGUGCAAACAAAGAUGAAGAGGAAUCUGCAAAGGCUUAGCAUUGAAGAAUCUAUCAUUUGCUACUCAUUGGAGAAAUGUUGCAACUGUGACAACAGAACAUAAUCAAACUAUACAGAAUCUUCAAAUUCGCUGGAUAUGUAGUACUUUCAUGAAAAAUUACAAAUUUAAUAUUUUAACUUUUUAAUUUUUUCUA